AUGGCCAUCCACAACGUGACCUUCCUCCAUCCCUCCACCUUCAUCCUCAUCGGUAUCCCAGGGCUGGAGGCUGCACACAUCUGGAUCUCCAUCCCCUUCUGCAUCAUCUACCUCCUCUCUCUCUUAGGGAACUGUCUCCUCCUGGUUAUUAUCAAGACUGAGCCGAGUCUCCACCAGCCCAUGCACCUUUUCCUGGGCAUGCUGGAAAUCGCUGACCUGGUUGUAUCAACCACCACCCUGCCCAAAAUCCUCACCAUCUUCUGGUUCAACAACAGGAGCAUCAACAUCAAUGCUUGCCUAACUCAGAUAUUCUUCAUCCAUUCCUUUUCCACCAUGGAGUCUGGGUUCUUCCUAGCCAUGGCCUUUGAUCGCUACGUGGCCAUAUGCAACCCUCUGAGACACGUGGCCAUCCUCACCAACAGGGUCGUUGCCAAGAUCGGGCUGGGGGUGGUGGUGAGAGGGGCCGCCCUGCUGAAGUGGCUGCCGUACUGCAGGACCAACGUCAUCGCUCACACCUACUGCGAGUUCAUGGCACUGGCCAAACUGGCCUGUGCGGACACGUCAUCCAGGAGAGCCUACAGCCUGACUGUCGCCUUCCUCACUGGGGGGGUAGAUUUUGUCCUCAUCAUCGUGUCGUAUAUCCUGAUCCUACGCACAGUUUUCAAGCUGCCCUCCAAGGCGGCGCGUCUCAAAUCCCUGGGCACCUGCAGCUCCCACGUCUGCGUCAUCCUGGUUUCUUACACACCUGCGUUCUUCUCCUUCCUGACCCACCGCUUUGGUCAUAGCGUGGCCCCGCAUAUUCACAUUAUCAUAGCCAACAUUUAUGUCCUCGUUCCGCCCAUGAUGAACCCCAUCAUCUAUGGGGUCAUGACCAAAAAGAUCCGGGAAAGGGUGCUCAGAGUUGUCUACACCAAGGGCUCUCCAGUGUUUCCAUAG